AUGCUCAUGGAGACUGCCACCUCAAGCUUGAUAGCUACAAGAUUCUCUACCUUAUACCUUCCACACUUUCAGUUCCCACACCUGGAUAAUCCUUCCCAGAUGCACAAGUAUCCAUCAUACGCACCUGCAACAGCUGGAAUAACGAAUAUCUCAACAUCUCCCUCGCAAAGUAGUGAUUUCAGCCCCACACUCUCAAGUCCUAGCUCUACAGCGGGCUUGAUCAACCCAUUAUCCUACUGGACCAUAACGCCACAAACCUCAAUAACUCGCCACCAAACUGGUUCAUCAAUGUCGCCAACGUAUAUUUCAGGGCAUAAUGAGAUGGAUCGUCUCUCUGAAAGCUCAUCUGGAAGUGGCAUUAUAGCGUCAUCACAAUAUAAUUUCCCUUUUUAUUCAAAUAACUUAUCCAUAUCAGGGCCUAGGGGAACCAACCAUCCGCAGAAUCAAAGUCUUCAGCAUAUACAUCAGAAUCAACAGCAAUAUCCGGAGCAUGCACGCCUACCUUUUCCUCGUGCGCCACUACAGGGGAUGCGGCAUACAUCCGACAGCUAUGGAGACCGUUUACCCCUUUCACAGAUCCACUCCCGCUCAGCCCUUGCUUUACAACCAAGCAACUACUCAUCUUAUACUUCACCGCAGAAUACGCCAUUAGGUUCGGCCACAGCGCCACGACUCUCCACUACGAGUUCUCAGAAUAAAUAUAGUAAUGAGACUAUAUCAACACAGCACUUCUAUUCCCAGCCAUAUAAUAAUCACAUUAUAUCUACCAUACCUAUAAAUAUGAUGUCCUCUGAGCAAUCAUCAGAAGAGCAAAUCCCCUUAGUUAGUAACAUACAUAUAGCGCCAUGUGCGUACCAACUGAGUGAUUCUUCAUAUGCUAUGACUCAGCAGAAUACCCAGAGCGAUCGGCCGUUCAAGUGUGAUCAAUGUGCACAAUCAUUUAAUCGGAAUCACGACUUGAAGCGCCACAAGCGUAUUCAUUUGGCUGUCAAACCUUUUCCAUGUAUGAAGUGCGACAAAAGUUUUUCCCGAAAAGAUGCGUUGAAGAGACAUAUCCUUGUCAAAAGUUGUGGUGGCGCCAAUAAGAAGACAAAAACCUUGAGCAGGAGCUCACUAUCUUCCCCAAAAAACAUAAUAAACUCGUCAUUUUCGGAUGACUGCACUGAAAUGAACAAGAAAUGGUGA